AUGGAAAAUCCGUUUGCUGAUCCUGUUACCAAGUUGACAUCGACACAGUCGCGUGAUAAUGAAAACGCUCAAGUGUCUCAUAUCGACACUGCUGCACUAGACAAAUAUAACCCAUUUGAAGUCACCGGAAAUCUUCAGCAAGAUGAACAUCUGUCUAAUUUCACUGCACCACCGUCAUACUCCGCCACUCAAGCGCAGAGAAUCACGACUGCUGAGCUUGAACGCCGCCAGAGAGAGUUGGAUGCUAAGGCUGCCGAACUGGCGCGUAGAGAGGAGGAGCAACGAUUAAAGGAGCAGAGUCGGUUUGCAUCUCAAGAAGGAGUUGCAGCCAAGAAUUGGCCUCCACUGCCAUCAUUUUGCCCCUGUGCCCCAUGCUUUUAUCAAAAUAUUGAAACAGAAAUAGUUCCUGAGUAUAAAAAAGUUGUGAAGUUUGGAUAUUACCUAUGGAUGUCUUACGCCUGUUUGCUGCUGGUCAACUUGUUAACAGCAUUAAUAUUCUUCGCUGGAACUUCAGAAGCUUCUGGUGGUAGCCUGUUCGGUGUUGCUAUUCUAGUAUGCAUAGUUUGUAUACCUGCAUCAUAUGUAUGUUGGUUUAGACCACUAUACAAAGCUUUCCGGAGCAACAGUUCAAUCAAUUUCUUCGUAUUCUUCAUUAUUUUCGGCAUCCAAAUAUUGGUGAUGAUAAUUCAGUCAAUCGGAAUUUUAAACUGGGGUUCAUGCGGAUGGAUUACGGGAUUGUCAGUGGUCAAACAAACUCCGGUAAUUGGUGUCAUCACACUCCUGGUUGCAUGCGUGUUCACAGCUGUUACCACAGCGUCGGCUUGGUACUUAAUACAUGUACAUCGCAUAUAUCGCAGCACAGGUGCUAGUUUCGGGAAAGCUAAAGAAGAAUUUGCACACGGUGUUGUAACCGAUCCUAUCGUGAGGAAUAGAGCAAUGGAAGCAGGAUUAUUUGCAGCUCGUCAGGCUGCUUCAGGUGCACCAGCCAACAGGUCAUAAGAAAACCCUACAAUUACCUGAC